GUGCUGCCAGUAGACAAUGAGUUCCCUCAACUCGACGGAGAGCUGAGGUGCCAUGGAGCAACCGCCGACUUUACGAAGGAACCGUAGGUAACAGUGUGACCCAUGUGACUAUCUGGCUACAACAAGCAGUUUUUCGCCCGCAUCAAGUGCAUGCAAACGACUGUAGGCACGAUAACACACCAGCACAAGUCCCGGCCUGCCGACGCUGCCGCAAACGAUACGCGGUGCCUAGGAAUAUCAACUAGUGUCAGAGGGGGGCGCCCAAACCCGCAGAUGACAGAGGCGAAUGUAAGAAAUAACACCAUCAGCCCUCCGAAGAGGCCGCCGUUGCGCCGCCGGACUGGCACGGGCGUGGAUACUGGGCUUGUCCCGAGCGGAAAGGACGGAUACCUCUGGACCCGGCUAGGAGUCGACGAGUGUACGAUGACGCGAAAGAGGUACCGCCGAUAAAGGGCAGCGCGCCUACGUCAUAUACAACAGAGGCUCUGCAUUGAAGACGCGAAGACACGGAUUCCGCGUAUGUCCAGCAAAAUCAAGUGACCGCCACGAGAUGGGCAGCGUCUGGGCGCGAAGUGCGCUCAGCUCCAAAUAGUCGUGUUCUCUGCGCACAAAUAGCACCGAGGAAUACAAUCGAGAGUCGAGGUUUCACUGUGGGUUCGAGGCCCGGUGCGCCGGUGUGUGAACCGCUCGGAAUCCCGUAUGAUUCGAAUCUCAGAGUGGGCACUCACGAUAACGGGGGUUGUUCGACGCUGUGCGAGCCGCAGCGCGAAGCCAGGCUGUGUCAAGCCGUAAGCUCGAAG